AUGAAACUCACGAGGCGUAAGACCUUUACCGUACAUGUUUUGAUCGCAAAUACUAAAAUUGUGAAGUCAUAUGCAUGUGUGGGUGUAGCUACGGAUUACUACGCUAACUACAGACUACGGAACAGAGCAAGUCAAAAAAACGUCAUGCGUAAUAGAACCUUAAGACUGCUGCAUGUCUUUGUGUAUCUUAGAGUGCAUGUCUAUUAUGUAUGUAUGCAUUUAUUGAAAUUAAACAAACUUGAUCAAUUAUGGCAACAUUUUAUCCAAGUGUACCAGGAUCCUAAUAACUUUAAUAAGUGCAUAUUUGGAACCUAUCUUGUUCAAUGUAAGUGCGAAGCCCAAAAUUAUCUGACACGUGUAAAUAUUGAAUUAUGUGCGUUGCGUGUGUGCAAGCUAUACACGUAUCUGUAA